AUGGCGCGUUCACUUUUUAAUGACAAUCUCUCUUUCACUCUAUCUCUCUUUCUCUCUCUCUCUCUCUCUCUUUCUCUCUCUCUCUAUCUCUCACCCUUUCUCUCUCUCUCUCUCUUUCUCUCUCUAAUUCAAAUUUCAGUCAAAUUGGACUACAAUAUUUCUUUAGUAUUUCUGGGGUUCAUGUUACCGUUUGGCAUUGUGGGUAAUGCUUCCGUGAUCUAUAUCUACGGCUUCCGUCUUAAAAAGAGUAACAUUCAUUUAUUUAUUGCUUUAUUAGCAGUUUCGGAUACUAUCAGUUGUUUGGUGGGGAUUCCGAUGGAAAUCUACCGCAUGUGUUUCUUCUAUAAUUAUCCUUCCGUCGCCACUUGUAAAACUGAGGGCUUCUUCACGUUCGCCUGUUACAUAUGUUCAAUGCUAAUGCUUCUUACAAUCUCGGUGGAAAGAUACGUGAAGGUGUGUCGGAGUACAAAGACUCAGGUGAGUAGGAAGGUCGCUAAGAUUUUGGCCGGUGUCGUCUUCCUCGUCUCUUCUCUCUUGGCCAUACCAUUACCAGUCUUUGCCGCCCCUUUUCCUUACACACUCGACAACGGGGUCGUUGUGCAUAACUGCACCUACCAUAUCGAACCAGAACUCUGGUACUACUGUAUCAUAUUUUUCGUCGUCCUGAUCGGCGUGUUGGUUGCCAUGUUCAUCCUCUACAGGGAAGUUCUCAAAACCGCCAAACAUCAUGUGACAUGGACACUGCAGAGGAAGGCCCGAUCGAGCAACGAUGCCAUUGAUGCGACGCAAGCAGCGAAAACAGUGGAGGACAAAAAAUUAAGCCAAACCAACCGGACAGUAAUCUGGAUUUCGGUCGUGUACGCGGCUAGUUGCAUUCCUAUCUUCACCAUCGCUAUGAGCGAAUAUUUUGAAUGCAAAUUCCUCGGAGAGAUCCACCGAUUCCACCUUAACUGGUUCCGCAGCAACAAUUUAAACGAGUCCAUUGCGUUGUCGCAUGAAUAA